AUGAGUACAAACAGCAAGAAGCUCCAAUCCCGAAAGCAGCCAACUUCUCUUCUGAUGCAGUCAGCAAACGGCACCCUCUACAACGCCAUCGAAGUCGACCUUCUGACCAGAGAGAAAGUCCGGGACGUCGUGGUCAAGUUCUUUCCCAAAUCCUCCGUCCGAACCUACGUCGAUGUCAAAGGCAUUCGCUGUCCUUCGGAGAUCUACUUUCACGUCAAAGCCUUUUCCCUUGCCCGUCCCUUCAUCGUCGAACCACUCGACUGGAUCGAGCGAGAAGAUGACUUCGCGAUCGCCGUGGAAAAGCCCGAAAGAACCAUGGUCCAUGGACUUGUUUAA